AAACAGCAUAAGCCGUAAGGGAAGGGCUCCCUGUCUCCAGUUUCCAGUGUACACCGAAUUCUGUCUCUAGAUCGUCCCUAGCCUUCAAUCGGCUGCUUCCAAAAUCCAAGAAAUAUAUUUGGCUGAAGAAUUCGACAACUUCAGUCCCUAUAUGGAACGGGUUCUUGUGGAAUUCACGGAUUUGAAGUUGUGUCUAGUUUUGGGAUUUAUUUGGUAUCCUGAUUUUGGAUGUUUUGCGGCGAAAUUCCAUUUCUGAAUGUCCGAUUGAAGGAUUAUGGUGAGGGAGCAACGAGUUGAAUUGUUUUACACUAGACUUCGUGACUCAGUGACAGCCUCAUCAUUGUCUCCUCUGCUUAUUUUUCCUUCCACUUCUGAUGUAGACUCGCUCUGUGCCUUGAAAAUCAUUUUCCAAGUUCUUGAGUCUGAUUCGGUUCGAUACGCAUGCUAUCCCGUGUCUUCUUUUCGAGAAAUUCACAAAUAUGCAGGCCCUAGUUUGUCAUCGUCGUCCGCUGACCCGAUUUCGAUUCUUUUAAUUAAUUGGGGAUGCCAUCGAGAUCUUAGGAACGUUCUGAAUCUAGGUCCAGCUGCUCUAGUGUUUGUAGUCGAUAGUCAUCGCCCAAUUCAUCUUCACAAUCUGAGUGAUCAAAAUGAUCAAGUGGUUGUGCUUUAUACAAGAGAUGACGAACUCCAGGCCGAUUUGGCUUAUGAUUUUGAUGUCUCUGCUUUGGCCAAUGCGAGCGACUUAAACAGCGAUGAUGAGAUUGAUGAGGAAUCUGAAAGCGAUGAUGACAAUGAUAGUGAAAGCGAUGAAGAUGAUAGAAGUGGGUCGAGGAAACAAAGGAGGGUUGAUAAAGAGAAUGAAGAUGAUCCUCUUAAGCUUUUUAGAAAACUGAAAAAGGGAUACUACCAAAUGGGUACCUUCCAUGGCAAGCCUUCGGGGUGUUUGAUGUAUGAUCUGUCUCAUUCCCUGAGGAAGAACACGAAUGAAUUGCUAUGGUUGGCUUGUGUCUCUUUAACAGAUCAGUUUGUUCAUGAAAGAUUGACGGAUGAGAGGUACCAAGCUGGGGUUAUGGAGCUUGAACAACACAUAAACAGUUCAGUGAACUUGAAUGCCGUUACCUCUGUUACUCUUAAAGAUGGCACCAAGAUCCGAGCCCCUGAUUCAUCUAGAAUUACUUAUGACGAUGAACCCAGAUUAAUGCUCUUGCAGGAGUGGAAUUUGUUUGAUUCAAUGCUCUGUUCUUCCUACACUGCAACCAAAUUAAAGACAUGGAGUGACAAUGGGAUGAAGAAGCUCAAGUUGCUUCUUGCACGCAUGGGGUUUGCACUUGUGGAUUGCCAGCAAAAGUUCCAAUACAUGAAUCUCGAAGUGAAACAAAAGAUGAAGGAUGAAUUUGAGCGGUACCUGCCCGAGUACGGCCUAACGGAUUUCUACUACAGAAGUUUCUUGAGGUUACAUGGCUAUAGCUCAAAAGUGUCAGCAGCAGAUGUGGUAUAUGGAGUCACUGCACUGCUCGAGUCCUUUGUCAAAGCGGAUGGUUCUAGUGCUUCUAAGCAAUUCGGAGUGGCUUAUGAUGCAUUGUCAUUGAGCAAUCUUGAUAAGCUCAAAGCUGGAAUGCAGCGGGCAAUCAAGGUCCAGAGGUCAAUUCUUAGACAGGGGAGCUCUACAAUUACAAAGAGUGGUUGUAUAAGAAGUGGGAGAAAAUUUCGUUGGGUGAAGCUGGAAGAUUCUAUAGACGCCAAACUGUUGGGGUAUCCCCAAGCACUAACAAAGUUUUGCUACUUUAUAAUGGAUGCUUUGCGAGAGAAAGGAGCCAGAAUGAAGCCUUUGCUAUGUGCUUGCUUAUCUCAAGAGCCCAACAAAGUAUUGAUCGUUGGGGUUUGUGGGAAACCUCGGCUCGGGGCGGCUCGGGGCAAUGGAUUUGGGAGAGCUUUUCAAAAUGCAGCGGAGGAAAUCGGCACAGAGUUUUUCCACGAGCUAUUUGAAUCCUCAUGGAUUGUUCUUGACGCAGCUGCAGUUAACUCUUUUAUGGUUAGAUUGACUGAGAAGCUCUAAUGUACCACCACAGCCAUAUACAUUAUAUCAAGUAUGUUUUUUCCAUUUCUUCUAUGGCAUAUCUGGGAAGAUUUCAAUAACUUAACUGAUGUUCCUUACCAGAUCAAUGAGAUGAAAUUAUUAUGACCCUCA